AUGGUGGCGACGUCUGGCAAGAUGCCACGACGGACGCUGACAGCGGAAGAGACCCGGUUGUGCAAGGCAGCCCUCAGUGACCGCCACAAGCGUCGCCUUCGUCGAGACGACGAGAGGCAGUCAGCAGCAGAGCCAAAGCAUGGCGCUGAGGGGCGUGCGUUGAAGAAGCAGUCUAGGAAGAGGGCGGUGAAACUUACGACGACAGCCAUGGAGAUAGCAGAGUCUAGAGGUCCACAUAUUGAGCCGGCAGCACCCAAAGAGACAGAAGCAACAGCGAGUACGGACGAAGCUAAAGAGGUAAUACCUGUUGCAGAAAAUGAGGAAGAUUCUGUGGAACCAGAGGUGGAGGAAGUUGUAGUAGACGUGGUGAUGGCUGUGGCUUCAACUGUGGCUUCAAGUGCGCUUCUAACGCCUGUGCGAGAUGCUCAAGGCGCUGUGGAGACCUUGCGCCCCCCUCGGACGAACAAGCAGGCGCCGGUUACGCAAAGAUCCCCGAAACGACGCCGCCGCGUCCUACAAGACAGUCCAGAACGCGAAGCUCAAGCUGAAGGCACCAUAAGUGACACCACAGACACCGGUGCUGCGUCAGCUGCCCCGCAUCUCCCUGUCGCCUGCGUAGUCGACGGUGAUCCUAACAUCAUGGCGGCUGGUGCACGUGAGUGCACUGGCCUCGGAUCAGAAGACAGUGAGUGGGAAGGAGAUUGGGAGCUUGGAGAACUCUCUGAUGAGGAGUUAGCCGAUUGCGUUGGAACUGAACUACCGGACACGUUCUGCAAGUCGGUGGCGAUGAAUGCGGCGCGUUUGGCGGAGAUGAAACAUUCUGGCUGGGAGUAUGGGGAGCGACGUCGUGUGACCACUGGGGAAAUGGCAUUUUUUUUCGUAAUGGAUCGUCUUGAUGACGAGAUCAGCACUGGACUCGACAGUGCCACAACGUUCGACAUCGUUUGGAAACAGCGCGAACUUGCCACGAAACAACACAAGACAGUUGUCAUGGCGCUUCUUCAGCCGGCGCCUGAGACUGCAAUUUUCCUGUCGGUGGGGCAAUUGUCUGAGAUCCCCUCGUUCAUGGAAGCUCGUGAGGUUUUCUACAAACAGCGGAGUGCCAAUUUCUAUCACACGUCUUCGUUCGUGAUCGCGUAUCUUACGGCAGCGUUUCCUGUGAUCGUGUGCGAGAGCGUUGUUUUCGGGUCUUUGGUGUAUUGGAUGUGUGGAUUGGGUGAAUCCAGUGACUUGGUGUGUGCGUUCAGUGAUGGUGCCGGUAAGACCACGCUGAUGGAUGUCAUUGCCGGUCGGAAGACCGGGGGAUCAAUUCGUGGCGAAAUCAUGCUGAAUGGCUUCGUCGCCACUGAACGAGCUAUACGACGGUGCACCGGGUACUGCGAGCAACAAGACACGCACUCGGAAGGCUCGACAAUCCGUGAAGCGCUCACAUUUAGCGCUCUGUUGCGUCAAGACAGCAGCAUCUCGAUGGACGCCAAACGCGAAUCGGUUGAGGAGUGUUUGGAUCUUUUAGGAUUAUGUUUAAUCGCUGACCAAGUAGAGCAGAUGAAACGCGUGACUAUCGGCGUGGAGCUGGCUGCACAGCCCAGUGUUCUCUUCCUGGAUGAGCCAACAAGUGGGUUGGAUGCCCACUCGGCCAAGAUGAUCAUGGAUGGCGUCCGAAAAGUGGCAAACACUGGACGCACGGUCGUGUGUACAAUUCACCAGCCAUCGUCCGAUAUUUUCUUCCUCUUCGACAGCUUGUUGGUGCUGAAACAAGGUGGCGGAAUGGUGUUUUUUGGCAAUUUGGUCCAUUCUCUUCCGGAUCAACGCGAAUGUGGACAAUUGAUCGACUAUUUCGAGUCGAUCGGGUCUUCCUGGCCUGUCGGAAGGCCAAAAUCCAGCCACUUGGAUGCUCCAAUGUUCUACCAAGGAAUCAACUCGGCGAUCGGCUGCCAAAUCCUCGAGGACGCCCCGCUCUCGAUUGGUCGAAUUACAAUUAAGGACUGCAUCGAGCAAGUCUUCAAUAUCAAGCACGACGACGUGUAUAUUCACUUUGAGUGCCUGCUCGCCUACGCUGUCUUGCUGUACAUGUUUGUACCGUCGAGCAAAGUGAAGGUGUACAAUCUCAAUGUUGCCAAUACCGUGGGUAAAGUCGAGAAGAACGGCCAAGGGGUUGCUAUCUAUGCCGAUGGGGCCGACUAUGGCUUCUACGCCUGCAACUUUACCGGGUACCAGGACACUGUGUGUGCCAACAAGGGUCGUGAGCUGUACGCUAAGUCGUACAUCAGUGGUGCUGUCGACUUUGUGUUUGGCCAAAGAGCCAUGGCGUGGUUCGAGUCUUGCGACAUUGAGUCGAUCGGAGAAGGUUGGAUCACUGCCAACGGCAACGCCAACGCUACCGUCACUUCCGAGUACGUUUUCAACAACGCUCGCGUGUUCGGCAAUGGCUCAACCUACUUGGGUCGUCCGUGGCGCCCCUUUGCCCGCGUGGUGUGGCAGAACAGCGAGCUGGGAGACAUUGUUAACCCGGAAGGUUGGGCGGCCUGGGACGAAUCUACCAGUACAGCCGACGUUUACUUGAAGGAGUUUAACAACAAGGGACCCGGAGCAGCAAUCGAUCAACGGGUGGCCUUCAGUGGACAACUGGAUGCGGCUGUGGCGAUCAAGGACAUCCUCGGAGAGAACUUCGAGUCCGAAUGGUGGGUUGACACCACCUUCUUGUGA